UACUCGGCCUAGGCCACGGGAACAAGCUGCUCACCGAUCUGUACCACUGCCACCUCACCAAGGUUUACACUGUUGGUGGGCUGUUUGGUAAAGCCACUGAUGACUUCUCAGACACAGGGAAGCUAAUAGAGAAGACCACAUUUGACCAUAUCACAAGGGAGAAGCUGGAACGGAUUCUCGCUGUCAUUCAAGGAACAAAUCAUAAGGCCCUGCUGAUGCAUUCUAACAUUGACAUGAAAACCCAGGAGGCGUACGAGCUGGCUGUCAAAGGGUUGCUCCGCCCCAUGGAAAAAAGCCCUCCAAUAAUCACAGGAAUCCGAUGCCUCCAGUUCGCAGUCCCAGAAUUCCAGCUAGAAAUCUACUGCUUGCACGAGACCCAGCAGUACCUCCGAAAAAUAGUUCAUGAGAUCGGUCUGGAGCUGAAAUCCUCUGCCGUGUGCACCCAAGUGCGAAGGAUCCGCGAUGGUGUUUUCACGCUGGAUGAUGCUCUCCUGAGAACCCAGUGGAACCUGCAGAACAUCCGGAAGGCAAUCCGGGAUUGUCAGCUUAAAGUGGAGACCGAGCUGGAGAAAACACUAGGCCAUCAGGACAGCAGUCAUCUGCACAAGGCGGACGUGGGGACGGCCCCCGCUGCAGAGAGCUGA